AUGGCAAGAAUACACCUACGAAUUCCAUUGUUUUUAUCGAGGAGGCGAGCCGCGAUUCUGAAAAGCGUUCCAUCUGUAAUUGUUCUAACAAUCGUGCUAUACGUUGUUUUCAACGUCGCAUCUUCAAUCGGGUCAAGGUUCGACGACGUGGGUGAACAAUCUAUAAAACAUGAUGUUGAAAAGGAACCUGGUGUUGACCGUGUAUUUGUAGAGCCGCCGCCGACAAACGCCAAACCACGAGAGAAACAAGACAAUAUUCGGUAUGUAGGGGAUAUAGCUAUAGUCGAAGAUAGUAUUUACUGGUCGCAGGCAGUGGAAGAUUUGAUACCUACAGGUGUUACCGAUGAAGAUAUUAAUAAAAAGAAUACGUUGAAAAAUCUCUCCGCCAAAAAAUUGGUACAGAUGUCAGACGAUGGCAGACGCUGGAUGGCUAUAUUGUCAGACGAUAGUCAGUAUAUUGCACGCCAGGUGAACUGUGAGCUGAGAUCCGAACUUCUUGCAUUUCAUUUAUCUCAAUUGAUGGGCAUGGAUAGCGUCCCCUUCGCCACGCUCUCUAAGAUAAAUCUUAAUUCCGGGCUAUGGAAAGGCGUACAGGUCGAGAAAAAAGAGAAGAAACCUAGCAGUAAACGAAUGCCUGAUCCACCCACAGAUGGAGAUAUUGUAUCGCUCACACAGUGGAUAGAAGGCCUGAAAAAAGGUCCUAUGCUUCCAGGAAUCCUUUUAGACCGUAUUUACAGGGCCAUUGGAGAGCCCCUCUUUGCAGAUGACAUUUAUCUGGAAUACCUGUCUAAGGAGGAGAUCACUCAACUUGUACAAUGGACCGAUAUGAUAUUAUUUGAUUAUAUCAAUGUUAACUAUGAUAGAUCCUUUCCAUGGCUAAUAAUACACGGUCCGUCAUCGCAACAACCAACCAACAAUGUCUAUAGAAUAGGCUACGGAAUUGAAAAGUUGUACUUCUCAAAUCAUGCGCAAACAUUCGUGUGGUCUUACGCCCCCUUUCCAUCGGACCCAAGAAUACGUGAGCACCACGACCUCAUGUUGCACUCCAGCUGUAUAUUUAGGAAAUCGGUCGCUGACAAAAUAGCGGAGAUGAACACCCACGAAAAUCCCGUCAAACUUUUGCUAGAUAGAGUAAACGCCGAAGAACCUUUGGCAAAUAUCACGGAGCCUGUCCCAGGGUGCUUUGUUGAUGACGUCAAGUUUGGUAAAAUACUACAAAAAAGGCUAAGUGAGAUUAAUACUUGGAUAACGAGUUGUAAAGACGAUUACGAUAGAAGAAAACGACAGGUGUGA